CGGCGUGCGUGCCGCUAGGUGGGCGGGCUGGCUGCGCCGGAGGUGGCGGAUUCAAGAUGGCGCCGUGCGGACGUGUCCGGAGCCGUUGCCCGGGCCCGGCGCUCCUCUUGCUCCUGGCGCUGGCGGCACGGCCCGCGGCGGGCGGCGGCCUUUCUCCCGUAGGCCCCGCCGCCGGCGGCAACCCGCCCUUAGCGGUGCAGGCGGUAGGGCCUGGCGCGCCGGGCCCGCGGGUUCCCCGCGGCGGAGGCGGUUCGGGCAGCGGGUGGAAGCUGUCGGAGGAGGCGGUGUGCCGGGAAGACGUGGUGCGGCUCUGCUCCAAGCACAGCUGGGCCAACAACCUCGCCGUCCUCGAGUGCCUGCAGGACGUCCGUGAGCCAGAUAACGAAAUCUCUUCAGACUGCAAUCACCUCUUGUGGAACUACAAACUGAACCUGACUACAGAUCCAAAAUUUGAAUCCGUGGCCAGAGAAGUCUGCAAGUCCACCAUUGCAGAGAUCAAGGAGUGUGCCGAUGAACCAGUUGGUAAAGGCUUCUUGGUGUCAUGUUUGGUGGAUCACAGAGGCAACAUCACUGAAUACCAGUGCCAUCAGUACAUCACUAAAAUGACAGCCAUUAUCUUCAGCGAUUAUCGGUUGAUCUGUGGCUUCAUGGAUGACUGCAAGGCUGACAUCAAUCUCCUGAAAUGUGGCAGCAUUCGACCUGGAGAAAAGGAUGCCCACUCGCAAGGAGAGGUGGUGGCUUGCCUGGAAAAAGGCCUGGUAAAAGAGGCGGAAGAGACUGAUCCUCGAGUUCAGGUUUCUGAUCAGUGUAAGAAAGCGAUUCUUCGUGUAGCUGAACUCUCUUCGGAUGACUUCCACUUGGACCGGCAUCUCUACUUUGCAUGCCGAGAUGACAGAGAACGAUUUUGUGAAAAUACUCAGGCUGGGGAAGGCCGAGUCUACAAGUGCCUCUUCAAUCACAAGUUUGAAGAAUCAAUGAGUGAAAAGUGUCGUGAUGCGCUGACCACCCGCCAGAAGCUCAUUGCCCAAGACUACAAAGUCAGUUACUCACUGGCAAAGUCCUGUAAAAGUGAUCUGAAGAAGUACCGCUGUAACGUGGAGAACCUUCCCCGGUCUCGGGAAGCCAGGCUUUCCUAUUUGUUGAUGUGCUUAGAGUCUGCUGUGCACAGAGGUCGACAAGUGAGCAGCGAGUGCCAGGGUGAAAUGUUGGAUUACCGGCGCAUGCUGAUGGAAGACUUUUCACUGAGCCCAGAAAUCAUCCUCAGCUGCCGAGGGGAGAUCGAACACCACUGCUCAGGCCUGCAUCGGAAGGGUCGCACCCUGCAUUGCCUGAUGAAAGUAGUACGGGGCGAAAAGGGAAACGUUGGGCUGAGUUGUCAGCAGGCGCUCCAAACGCUGAUUCAAGAAACUGACCCUGGUGCAGAUUACCGCAUUGACCGCGCGCUGAACGAGGCCUGUGAAUCGGUUAUACAGACUGCCUGCAAGCACAUACGGUCUGGAGACCCAAUGAUUCUCUCCUGCCUGAUGGAGCACUUGUACACUGAAAAGAUGGUAGAGGACUGUGAGCACAGGCUUCUGGAGCUUCAGUAUUUUAUAUCUCGUGAUUGGAAAUUGGAUACAGUCCUUUACCGCAAGUGUCAGGGAGAUGCCUCCCGUCUCUGCCAUACCCAUGGCUGGAAUGAGACUAGUGAGCUGAUGCCUCCAGGGGCUGUUUUCUCCUGCUUGUACAGGCAUGCGUACCGCACAGAGGAGCAAGGAAGGAGGCUAUCGCGAGAGUGCAGAGCUGAGGUGCAGAGGAUCCUCCACCAGCGUGCCAUGGACGUGAAGCUGGAUCCAACCCUCCAGGACAAGUGCAUGAUUGACUUAGGGAAGUGGUGCAGUGAAAAAACGGAGACAGGGCAGGAGCUGGAAUGCCUUCAGGACCAUCUUGAUGAUUUGGUGUCUGAUUGCAGAGACAUAGUGGGAAACCUCACCGAGCUGGAGUCUGAGGACAUUCAAAUUGAAGCCUUGCUGAUGAGAGCGUGUGAGCCCAUUAUCCAGACAUUCUGUCAUGAGGUUGCAGAUAACCAGAUUGAUUCUGGGGACCUGAUGGAGUGUCUAAUACAGAACAAACACCAGAAGGAAAUGAAUGAAAAAUGUGCAAUCGGAGUUACUCACUUCCAGCUGGUUCAAAUGAAAGAUUUUAGAUUCUCAUACAAGUUUAAAAUGGCUUGCAAGGAGGAUGUGCUGAAGCUUUGCCCCAACAUCAAAAAAAAGGUGGAUGUAGUGAUCUGUCUGAGCACAACUGUGCGCAAUGAUACUUUGCAGGAUGCCAAAGAACACAGGGUCUCUCUGAAGUGCCGCAAACAGCUGCGUGUUGAGGAGCUAGAGAUGACUGAGGAUAUCAGACUCGAACCAGAACUGUAUGAGGCUUGUAAAAGUGACAUCAAGAACUACUGCCAAAACGUGCCCUAUGGCAAUGCUCAGAUUAUCGAAUGCCUGAAAGAAAUCAAGAAGCAGUUGAGUACCCGGUGCCACCAGAAAGUGUUUAAACUGCAGGAGACGGAGAUGAUGGAUCCAGAACUGGACUACACGCUCAUGAGAGUCUGCAAGCAGAUGAUCAAGCGGUUUUGUCCAGAGGCAGAUUCAAAAAAUAUGUUGCAGUGUUUGAAACAAAACAAGAACAGUGAAGUGAUGGAUCCUAAAUGCAAGCAAAUGAUUACCAAGCGCCAGAUUACACAGAACACAGACUACCGCUUAAAUCCAGUGCUCAGGAAGGCGUGCAAAGCAGACAUACCAAAAUUCUGCCAAAAUAUCCUGAAUAGGGCCAAGGAUGAUACGGAGUUGGAAGGACAAGUCAUCUCAUGCCUGAAGUUGAAAUACGCAGACCAGCGUCUCUCUCCAGACUGCGAGGACCAAAUUCGAGUGAUAAUCCAGGAAUCGGCUCUUGAUUAUCGGCUGGAUCCCCAGCUUCAGAUGCACUGUUCUGAAGAGAUUGCCAACUUGUGUGCAGAAGAAGCCGCAGCUCAGGAGCAGACUGGGCAGGUAGAAGAAUGUCUGAAAGUGAAUCUGCUGAAAAUAAAAACUGAAAUGUGCAAGAAGGAAGUACUCAACAUGCUGAAGGAAAGCAAAGCAGAUAUAUUUGUUGACCCCGUGCUCCACACAGCCUGUGCCCUAGACAUCAAGCACCACUGUGCUGCCAUUCCACCAGGGAGAGGACGUCAAAUGUCAUGCUUAAUGGAAGCCCUGGAAGAUAAGCGUGUGAGGUUGCAGCCUGAAUGCAAGAAACGCCUUAAUGAUCGCAUUGAAAUGUGGAGCUAUGCUGCGAAGGUUGCCCCAGCAGAAGGCUUUUCUGACCUUGCCAUGCAAGUUAUGACAUCUCCGUCCAAGAAUUACAUACUGUCUGUGAUCACGGUUGGCAUCUGUGUACUCUUCCUCAUCGGCCUGAUGUGUGGACGCAUCACCAAGCGGGUGACAAGAGAGCUCAAGGACAGGUAGAGCCUGGAUUGCCUGCUGAAGAAAUGCCUGCCCAGUGCCCAGUUUUGUACAGCCCUCCUCUGUAUAGUCUACCCACCCCCUCUUGUGAGAGGAGAAUAAAAAAAAGAAAAAAAAAAAAAAAAGAAAAAAAUUAGAACAGCAGCAGGUGUUGGCUCAGUUUUCCCAUCCUGGAUCUCAUCCACAGCAUCUUCAUCCUAUGAAAGUUUGUGUGCAACACUGGCAGCCCAGCCAGCAGCUUUCGGUACCCCUUUGUUAGCAGACUCUCGUUUUACCUGCCUGUAGACAAGUCUCUGUUGUACUGUUGGAACUGCCUUCACUCUCCAAAUCAGACUGAUAUGACCUGCAGCUCAAGCAGUUUUUAAGUAAAUUUUUAAAGAAAGACAUAUAUCUGCGUACCGACUAUAUGAUUUAGGUAACGGUUCGUACUGAAAUCUAGUCGUCCUCUGUGGCUGGGUGAAAUUGAGGCAGGAAAUUAAAGGGUAAAUUGCAUCUUACACCACAGUUGGCCUUGUUUUGGACAUCUUGCUCAUCUCAUGUAAAGCAUCUUCAGAGCAUAGUCUUGGACAACCUAAGGACACCAGUCCCUGGUGUCAUCUUCUAGUGAAUAUCCUGCUUUUGUGACUGUGGAUUUUUCUUUUUUUUUUUUUUUUGGCUGAAAAGAUGUCCUCCCUUACUUCCUCUGCCACUCGCAAGAUAGAAUAAAAUACUGACCAGGAUCAAAUACUCACGUGAGCUGUACAACUUGUAUUUCGGUAGAUUAAAGACACGGUGUAGUCGCAAGGCGUGUAGAGCCUGUCAACAGUGUACAGCACUGCUGUCAGCGGGUGUUAGCCGCCCUGAUCAGUUCCUUGGUCACCUUUUUUUAUUAGCGACGACGCAGUAAAAUUCUAACACUCCUUUUUAUUUUUACCUCUCUGCUGCUAAGGUGUGACCCUGCCGAAUUAACCAUCUCCAGGUAGUAUUGACACGCUGGCAAUAGAGCGCUCUGUCAGUGCCACAGAAAGCGACUGAACGCUCCACGUGUUCUACCUGUAAAACGGUUACUUGUGGGCCAGUGCAGUGGUUUGUAACUGGCCUGUCUGGGUAUUAAUGGUUUGAAUGGUAGCACUGAAGAGUGGGGUUUUUCUGUUCCCGAAACCACAAUUGACAGUGUGGCAUUUCCUGGGAUGCGUAGGACAAGGGUGCUGGUCCAGAAGGCUAAGCAGGAGUGGAUGGGAGGAUGGUAGUGUUGUGCGAAAGGCAGAAACAUCUGGAUUUUUAAGGGAAGUAGCUUCCACAGUGUUACCAUCAAUAUGUGCGCUCACGCUAUAUAUAGUUAAACUUCCAGAACCUGAUACUCGCACCCCAGAGCCCAAAGAAGGUGUUCUAGAAAAGCUGCACCAGUAGUUGUGACCUCUUUUUACCCUCGUCUUUGUUCCUCAAGUACAAGGAGGCGUGGAGGUCGUAAGCCACAUGCUUUGGCUGAAAUGCUGAGUGUGGUAGUGAAACCUCAACCGCAUGGGAGUCCGCGUGUGUGCAGUAGGAUAUACUUUAUUGGCCUUUUAAAUGUGCACACCUGUGUGUGCUGUGGUAAGAAAUCAUGUGCUUGAAACUGUCCAACUUAGGCUGAUGCUUGAACCAUAACUUUAUUUUCCCACUUAGCGCACUGCUAGGUAAGACCUGACACUUCCAGUUCUCGCCCUUGUUAUCUAGAAGAACAGUGGCGGUGGUUUUGAGACACUUUGGAGUGUGGACCAGCUGAUUCUGAUGGUGCUGCAUGUACAGAACGACGUAUUCACAGUACUGUGAGCUUUUGCUGCAGCUGAAGCUUUUUGCAAAUGUACCUGCAUCCCGCUCUGAGGAUGGAGAGCAAACCAUUAGUCAUACAGUUUGGGACUUUCGGAUGCUAGAGAGUCUUUCACAAACGCUUUGGGCGUUUAUAUCAAAGUAUUAUGAACACAAGGCAAGCAGUAGCAAAAGUCUGAGCAAUGAAGGUUCAGUGGAGAAUCAGUGCAUGGUAGGAUUGCAAUUAAGCAGUUAAGUAGACCAGAAAUGAAGCCAGAAUACUUUCUCUUGCCCCUCUUCCUGGGGCUAACGGAGCUUAACUGGCCUCUGCCACUGUGAAGGGGAGCAGCAGAGGAACGGUUUAUCGUGUCUCUUGAGGUAGCACGGGUGUGUAACGCCACAAAUGUUAGUUUGGCAAUUAGAAGUGUGUGUUGUUUCACUUGAGUGCUGAAAUUGCUGCUGUAGAGAUGGAUGUGUUUGCAGAGCUGCUGGCAAGCGAAGUGGGGUCUCUGGGCAGCCUCGCUUGCUUCUCAAAAUGUCUAUCGGGCAUAAUUAAAUUGGUAUUGGAGGGCUUUUUUUUUUUAACUGUUGUGACUUUUUGAAAAGGCGUUUUGUAAUCAGAUUAGCUUGAAAAGCCUAAUUAGAUGGUUUAUUGUCUAGAAAUAGCAUCUUCCACUAAAUUCCAAAAGACAUUGCGGUGAAAAUUGUAGGUUUGUAGCCAUAGUUCUGAAUGUAAACCCUGUUCAGCUCUGAAGGUGACCUUCUUUGCUUUCAGGUAUAAGGUUUUCUGGGGUUUGGUUGUUUGUUUUUUUUUUGCUUUUUAGUUUGGAGCAGGUUAAGGUGCGGGUGCCUGGAGCACUGCGUUAGGAGCCGGUGGUGUUUCUGGCUGUGUCUGCAGGCUCACCUGGGACCUGGGUUUCAGUGUGAGCGCCCUAGUGGGGUGUCACAGGGGGGUGUCUGGAGCCCUCGCAAGCAAAGCUAGGAUACUAAAUAAAUUUCUGCGUGAUGCCCUUUGUCACUGUAAGGGCACAGACCCACCUUUUAAAGGUAUGACACCGGCAAAGGGUCCAGAGCCGUUUUAUCUUUGAGCAGCGUUAUCUCUUCACGUGUUAAAAUGCAGCCUCCUGCCACUGCUAAUGACGAAAUUUGCUUUUUUUUCCCCAUGAUUAGAAAUCUACCAGUCCCAGUCUUGACUGGGACUCCUCCUGCUUUUCACGCAUACCUAAAAAUCCAGAGGUCUCAAAAGCACAGAAACCCACACAAAGUACUCUUACAAAAAUAACCUGCUUGUGCUGCUGCCAACGCAACCUCUUGCCUGCAGGUAACCGUUUUCCAUUGCGGGGACAGACAGAACUGGUUGUAAGAAACUCUGCCGUUGCCUUGAACCUGAGGAAGCCUUUUAAAAUUCUCUGAUCGAAUCGAGAGCGCUGGAAAUAGCUGCCGUCAGCCAAGAGAAGAGUGUUAGUGUGGCAAAAACCUGGGGUGCCCCUUCCCUUUUCGUCACCCUUGCCUCUCGGGGGAGAAGAGAGGUGCAGAAUGCAAUUCGGGAGGCGGUUGGUGUUUUGUUUUCUCCUUUUCGUCACAUGAAUCUGCUCUUGGGGAGCUUAAUCUAGACCUUGGGGAUGUAUGGAAGGGGUUGGAGCCAGGGGAUGGUGCCAGGCAUACAGAUCUCUUUUCCCCCCCGCCACUGCUGCAAGGGUUAGCGAGCUGUUUCCUGAAUGAUGGCGUGUGUUUUGGUGAUAUGGGUAAGGAGGACUCUGCAUCUCGUUACUUCCCUACUGCUAGCCUGUUAGUGUUCAUUCUUACUGACAUCAAUAAGCUUAUUUAUUGUUUACCUAGUGGGUCUAAUCAAGUCUCUGCUGAUUUUCUUAUUUUUUUACUUUUUUCAACUUGGGAUUCUCCCCCCACCCCCCAUGUCAUUCAGGCUGCUGGGUGGGAACAGAAUUCCUGGCAUUUCCAGUGAGCCGAGUCCCCGUACGUCUGUGUUGCUGCAGAGGGCUGGGAAGGCCCCUGAGGGAGCUCAAAUAAUUCUGUAACAAAAUGGAAGCAUUUUGCCCAGAAUCUGACACGUAAAAAAUCCACGCCAACAGAAUCAGCCUUGCUCUGAAAAUCCGCAGUAAGGAGAUUGUACGAGAAGUGAUGGGUUGUGCUGAUAGGAUCCACAGUAAGCAGGUUGGAUGAGAAAUAACGGAGAGGAGUGAAUGUCUCUAAAACCAGAAACUGAUUGGGGGUGGGGGGGGGGAGGUGGGUACGGAGGGAAGAAAUGUGACAAGCUGGGGGGGGUCACUCAAAUCCCAUAAUGUUGUAGAGGAAUUGUGUUCAAGUUGGAUGGUGACUUCUGCUAAAACACAACUUCUAGUUGAAAGAAGAUUGUAGGCCUUCCCCCCUCCCCUUUUUUUUUUUUUUUUUUUUACUUUAUGGGUUUGGUUUAAAGAAAAAAAGGUAGUUUUGAGGUGUGUGUGAGUGCAUGAGUGUGGCGUGAAACCGGAACAUUUCAUCUAGCACUUCUGUCCCUAUUUAAAACAGAGCUCUGCGGGCUCAAACAGUCGUAGUGUCCCUUUGUAUAAAAGGAUGUUUUUCAUUGGGGAGGGGUCCAAAAUCUUCCUGGCAGCUCCCAAGUACUUUGAGCAGCCCCCACCCCCCUUGGAGCCCAAACCUGGGGCUGGAGGUGUGGUUUGAGGGGACCCAAAUUACACACGUAGCAGGGGGAAAAAAUUUCAGCCGGUUCUGCUGUUUCUGUCCCAUGCUGGUGGGAUUCUGAGCUCCCUGUAUGGGUCGGGGCGGGGGGGGGCAAUAAUGCGUGGCCGCUCGCUGGGCAGGGCCAGAUCCCCCAAAAUUCAUUCCGUAGCUGACCCCAAAGCAAGAGAUCCCUCGCUGGGUUGGUCGCUGUGCCCUGAAUGCCCCCCUGUGUUCACAUACCGAGCAUGGGGACGGUGUGAGUAUCACUUGGGGGUGGGGGGGCAGCGGUGACUGUGACACCGGUUCUGGGGAGUUUGGGGGUGUGGGGUGGCACCGCGGCAUCGCACAACAGCCCCGGCCCCUUCCUCCUCUACGCUGUUUGAACUUAGUCUCUUUUUUUUUUUUAUUAAUUAUUUUUAAAUGUGACAAUUAACGAGACUUUUUUGUUGUUGUUGUUCUUGUAAAUGCUUUUCCCUUUCUGUGUAUAAAUCCCGGCCGGUCCCUGUUUCGGUUUGUUUGGGGUUGUUUUGGUUUGAUUUUUUUUAUUAUUUUUUUUACAUGUCCAUGCUGUGUAAUUUUGAGAUGUUACUGAGAUUCUGAACAUAAUAAUGUGCAUUUUUUGUUUUGUUUUUUUUUUCUGUACAGAUGAAACGGGAGAAUUUAAUAAAAAGAGUCUGCAGGUUUUUA